CACCAUUCGCUCCUUCAAGGAGGUUCUCGAGGGUAAGCAUGAUCACUUGCCCGAGGCCGCCUUCUACAUGGUCGGUGACAUUGAGGAUGCCACUGCCAAGGCCGCCAAGAUCGCCGCUGAGAUCUCUGGCAACUAGAUAUAUUAAAGUGCAUUCAACACCCAUCUUGUUCAGUCAAUGACAAUUACACGCUCACCCUACUCUUCUCUCUCCCUCCCUCUCUGCUUUUAUCUCUUUCUGUUUAUUAUUUGAUACAAUUAAACAACCUCUCUUUUCACACUGCAUUGCUAUCGACCAUAUCCUCCGUUUGAGGAUGAGAACACCAAUGGAACCAAUGAAAAGUUGUUUAUAUGUUGGUGUACAAGGAAAUAUAAAUUCGGAUCAAGCACUCCUUCUCAAAUUCCCGCUUCAGCAGUUUCAUUCCUUUGCACAUCACAAAAACGAUUCGCUUUGCUCUCAUGGACUCGUCCACAACAACUGCCUUGACCCGUUUGGUCUCUGUUCGGAACCAUCUCUCUAUCCAGCCUUGUUUUCAGCGUUAUGCUAUCCAUAGUGACAAGCCCACAGGACCCGCUGACCUUGCCCGUGAGCGUGCCAAUGCCUCAUUCAAGGUCGAAGAUAUGACCGAGCUCCUUCUUCGCGGCAAGGAGAACGUGGAAGCCAUGAGCAUCGCGUACCAGAUGGUUCAGCGCGACCCCGACCUUCGCCUCCCCGAGGGGCACCACUACGACCUGACGCGGGCUGAGGACCGAGAACUGACGAUGCGCCAGAUUGCACGCAUGAUCCAACUGAAGAAGGAGACCAAGGACUUGCGCCUGCAACAGGCACUGUUCAAGGCCAUGACUUUUUACUCCGAGUCAUUCUCGAUGAGGAUCUAUGUGCAUGAAAUGCUGUUUCGACAGGCAUUCAAGCUGUUCGGAACCGCAGAGCAGCAGGACAAGUGGAUGGACGAUAUUGACAAGUGGAGGGUCAUCGGCUGCUUCGCCAUGACAGAGUUGGGACACUCCUCAAACUUGCGUGGACUGGAAACGACUUCGACGUAUGACCAUGCUACAAGUGAAUGGAUUAUCCAUUCGCCUACCCUGACCUCUACAAAGUGGUGGAUCGGAAUGUCUGGCGAAACAGCAACCCAUACAGUUGCUAUCUGCCAAACAAUUGUCAAUGGAGAGAACCAUGGUAUCAAUUGGUUCAUCGUGCCUCUUCGUGAUCCCAAGACUGGCAAGCUGCUGCCUGGUGUCACCUGCGGUGAUAUCGGCCAUAAGUCAUCGCGUCAGGGCCUUGACAAUGGCUGGAUCCAGUUUACGGCUGUUCGAAUCCCACGCGACUACAUGCUGAUGCGGUGGGCUUCCAUCAGUCCUGAAGGCGAAUUCUCACCGUCUCCCAAUCCAGUUCUAUCCUACGCAACCCUGAUCCCCGAACGCUUUACCAUCUUGGGCGGCUCACAGGUAGUGUUGUCCAACGCCCUUACAGUCGCAGUUCGAUACGGUGCAGUCCGUCGCCAAGGAAACCAUGAUGAGCAGAUCCUGGACUACCAGACUCACUAUACCAGUCUGAUGCCCGGUGUUGCGUUCCUGUACACGCUUAACGUUGUUGACAAAGUUUUAAUGGACAAGUGGGAGGAAGUUGCCGCCUAUGCUCAGACGGACGCCGUUGCGUUCAUGCGAGAGAUCCCUGAUCAACACGGCAUUUCUGCAGGAUUCAAGGCCGCAUUGUCGUGGUAUGUCACUGAGAUCCUGGAGUCUUGUCGCAGAGCCUGCGGUGGUCAUGCAUACUCGUCCUACAAUGCGAUCGCUGGGUUGAUCGGCGACUAUGGGGUCGUUACCACUGGAGCCGGAGACAAUGUGGUGAUGAUGCAGCAGCUGGCACGGUACUUGAUCACGGCUUUGAAGUGGGCACAGGAAGGGCAGGAGGUCGUUGGAUCGGUCAGCUACUUCAACGACUAUAAGAAGAUCAUUGCCAACGGGAAGGUCAAUUUGCAGGAUCCACGCGACCUUUCGAAGCAUGAGGUCGUCAUCGACAUUUUGACCUGGGCUUGUGCGAAGAAGGCAGCGGAUUUGGGUGCGAGACUGAAGGAGGCUGGCAAGGCGAAUUUUGACCAGGCCUGGAACGCAAACCAGACGGAGCUGGUUCGCCUUGCGGACAUUCAUGCCUGGCGCUACUAUUUGAUCCUGUAUCAGCGUGGUAUUGAGGCGCACAAGGGCAAGUCCGUGUAUCCGAUGCUUGUGAAGAUUGGCCAAUUGAUGGGAACAGUUGCACUGAAGCGACACCUCGAGAUGUUUUUGGAGGAGGGCUAUUUCGAUGGAUCACACGCGAAGCAGGUUCGAGAGUUGUUUUUGGAUCAGUGCAAGGAUCUGCGCAAGGAUGCGGUGCCUCUGGUGGAUGCAUGGAUCAUCCCCGACUUUGUGAUCAAGGCGCCGAUCGGAAAGUAUGAUGGUGAUAUCUACCCAGCUUAUUUCGCGACGGUCAACGCGGCCCAAAAGUCGUUUGACCCUCCAGCCUACUGGCAUACGCACGUGGCCCCGAUGUUGAAUAACAAGAAGGGCUGCAAGUGCUAGAUGUUGCAACCUAUUCUUAUUUCCUAGAUGUGGAACAAAUGAAAUAUAAAGCAAUAGCUCAAUCUCGGUGUGUUCCAUCUUCUUGCUAUUGCGAUUAUGGACAUUGGGCAGUUUGUACAAGGAGUUAUCUAUUUAUCUCUAUUCUCUUUUCUUUCUUCUCGCACUCAAACCCCAUCCUACUUCAUACUUCACUGUCCCAUCCCAUCCUCUCGUUGGACUCCAUCUGUCUGAGUCUUCAUACUUUUAUUUCACUUCUUUUCAUUCCACUACGGCUCUGGAUAAGAUACCUUUCAAGCUAUUUGCAGCGAUUUCCAAAGAUAUAAUCGACAUAUGAUGCAUACUGCAGUUGAAACAGACCUUAUUUUGAAUCGGCCCAGCGAAAAAAUAAAUUAAGAUAUUCCAG